AUUAAAUUGGAGAGUGGAGGACAAAAAGCUACUGCUUCUUUGGUCUCACCUACCGACGCCUGCUGUUGCUGCUGUCUCACUGACCUGUUGGCAGAGGCAGAACACUUCCCCCCCUCCUCUCUCUGGCCAAGCCAUUAGCCAUGAAUAAUGGUGCUGCUACCAUCACAGCCAAUUGUCUGGAUGAAAAGCAGGCUCUGCCUCACUUACCGUUGUGUGUUAGCUUGUGACCGAACCGCAGGUUCAGGAUCAUAGUUUCUGAUCAGCUCUGUGGUCCAGGUCAGAGCAGGGCAACUGGUGGAUACGUGGAGAGAGAGAAAGACAGAGAGAGGGAGGGAGAGGGAGAGGAGAGCAGCAUCUGUUACAGUUAAACUCCUGCCGCUGUAUCACUGGGAACCCCGCGAGCAGAUGUGAUGGUUGAGUGAUGCAGACACUGGACACAGAGGCACAUCAUCAGACGCUGCACUGAACAGUAUAACUAUUUCACUGGUCUGUAUACCUGCGUUCUCAUGCGACUGGCAGAGUAGAAGCUCAUUGCUGCCCUGAAAAGAUGGUGGGGCUAAGAAACUGCUCUACAUGGGAACCAUUGCUGCUUAAGGCCUCCUGCAUCAAGUCCUGUGCCAACGGCUGCUCCCUGGGCAUCACCGCACACCUUACCUACGCUAAUGCUGACAUAGAGUCUGUAGAGGGUGUGUUUGUGUACCCUCUCGGGGAGAAGGAGGUUGUGGUGGGCUUUGAGGCUGUUAUUGCGGGGCGGUUAGUCGGGGUCCAGAUCCAGAGCAGAGGGAAGCUGAAGGACUGCUGUUUGGAUUGCUGCCCUGGAUCUGGUCUUGAAGGCCACUGUGGAAAUGGCCGGGAGUGGGGCUGCUGUGGGAGCUCUAAUCUUGACAUGCAAUGCACCAAUGGACAUCUCAUCCUGGAUGAAGACCUUGAGAGAACCACCUUUAUCGUGGGCACAGGCCUCAUUGGCCCCAUGGAUAUAGUGUCUGUUAUCAUAAGCACCACGCUAGAACUCCCAACAUUAGAAAAUGGAGCAAUCCGCAUUGUCUACCCCACAUUGCUGACCCCGAUCGUCACUGGCCAGAUAACUCAAAGCAAGAGUGAAAACGGGGGAAAAUCUGAAGAAACUGGACCAACAAGCUGUUUUGGUGCCACCUCAGGAAAACAGGACCGGGCUCUGGACUCAGAGCAGCAGUGUGCCCAUGCCAUCUUCACCAGUCCAGCUGCCAACCUGGCACCUUACGAACUCAACUUCCAGCUGCUGGUCAGAGGAGCCUGCCUAUUGGCCGGACUGGAGAGCCCUACUCACGCUCUGAGGGCAGAUGCAGACCCCAGUGCCCAAAGUGCCUCUGCAACCUACAUCACCUUGGCUCAGGAGCAUCCAUAUGACAGACACAUAGAGAUCAUUCUGCACCUCAGUGAACCUCACAGUCCAUUGGUCAUAUUAGAGAGAGGCAGGCUCUCAUUCUGCCAGUAUGAACAGCUGAUCUGCUCCCGCCGAGAUUUCAUUCGCUGCACUCGCAAAGAUUCAGAGCCUGAGAGGAAGCUGGAGUUUAUGAGGAAGCGGUACCACAAGGACAUUCUGAGCAGCCCCGUCUUGAUGCUCAAUUUCUGUCCCGACUUGCUGCGUGAACCUCUGGAGCUGCACAAAGCCACCCGAGAACUGCUGUUCCUUGUCGAUCGCAGCGGCAGCAUGAGUGGCACCAACAUCCAUCGUGUAAAGGAUGCCAUGGUGGUGGCAUUAAAGAGUCUCCCCUCUGGCACCAUGCUCAACAUUGUGGGCUUCGGCACGACCAUCAAGCCUCUGUUCACCUCCAGCAAGCUCUGCACUGAUGCCACUCUUAUGCAGGCGUUUGAGUACGUCCAGAGGAUGAGAGCUGACAUGCGAGGCACCAACCUGCUGGGGGCGCUGUCCUGGGUGUACCAGCAGCCCAUGCAGCGCUCAUAUCCUCGCCAGGUCUUCCUCAUCACAGAUGGAUCCAUCAGCAAUGUGGCAAAAGUGCUGGAGCUGGUCCGCAGAAACACAUGCGCUGGCAGAUGCUUUGGCCUAGGCCUUGGUCCCCGAGCCUGCAGGAGACUCCUGCAGGGCGUUGCCAAACUGACAGGAGGGGCUACAGAGUUCCUGGAUGAUGAGGAGAGACUUCAGCCCAAGUUAAUCAAGUCUCUGAAAAAGGCCUUUGAACCUGUGCUGACCGACGUACGGAUUGAUUGGUACCUGCCAGAAAACAUGGAGGCUUUUCUGUCACCCAAUGAAAUCCCUCCACUCUACCCUGGAAAUCGUCUAAUUGGAUAUUGCACUCUCUACGAUAUGACAAAUUUCAAAGCAAAAAAGACAGAGUCUCAAGGACGGGGCUAUAAAGGCGCACAUCGUGACUCCACUGGUUCUGUUUUUGGACAAUCAAAUGAUGAGCUUUCACCUCCUCCUGCCUCCGAAUUAAUGCCCGUGGUGACAUGUGCAGAUGGCACCGAUUUGGAGGAGGCACUGAGGGAGAUAUCCAGAGAAAUCUCCUCUGAGUUCUCCUGUGCCAGAAACACAGAUCCUGGAACUAGCCCAGGCGUGGAGCUUGACUGGUCCAGUGACGUGAGGAGAAGGAUCCAGGAGAGCUCGUACAUCCAGGAGCAGUAUGUCCUCACUCGCUGCUCACUCAGUAGCGAGCGGAGUCUACAAACACAGUCCUACUCACACAUACACGCCUCGUCCAACUCUGACUCUGCAGGCGGGGUCUUUCUGCCUGACCCUAACUCCCCCGGUUCACUGCUGGACACAGGGUCUCUACCACAAGGCCUUGAAAAGAUGCCGCCUCCAGAACAGAGAUCAUCCCUGUCACGCUGGGCAGACUCUGCAUGGCAGCAAAACCUCUCAGUGGAAACUCCUGAUAACGGGACAGAAAAGAGUGGGCGUCUGGAUGGAGGUGAGGAGUCUCGUAGGAGACAUAAAGCACUGGCCCGUUCAACCAUGGCAGCGCGGAGUUUCUCAUCGCCUCAGGGUGAGAUGGAGAUGCAUCGCCUAAGGAGAGCUCUGGAGAGGGUCUCCUUCGACCAAACACUGGGAGGGAGGCUGGACGAAAGCGAUGGGGAGACAAAGCCCCCAUCAAGAGGCACACUGUCCCGCAUGAGCCUCACUGACUCCAACGGACUCCUGUUCCCCGCCUCUCCUCUGGACUGGGACAGCUUCACAGACCCAGAGUACCUCUUUACUCCUGCUCCACCAGAGGAUCCUCCACCAGGGCAGUGCCGCUCGCUCAUUCACGGCAUGCUGAGCGGCAGACCUGUUUCCUGGGAAGCCACUGUGGACCUGGGGCACCUCUGGACACCUGACAGCCAGGAGUCACCCGGAGCUGAGGGAGGAGGGGACGAAGUAAAACAAGGGGAACCAUGGGAGGAAAUCAUUCACCAACUGACUGCUCGCUCAGUGAUCCGGGACUUUGAGAAAAUGGCAGAGAAGGAAAGCGAAAUUGGACAUGGUUCAGCUAAGCGAUAUCGCAUGAAGGCUAUCCAGACUAGUAAGCACUGUAACAUCAUCUGCAUGUACACAGCCUUCACUACCACCAAUAGCAACCCCAACAAAGGCUUGCCAGACUGUAUGGACGUCCAAAACACAGGGAUGCAUUUGGGAAACAGACGGAGUUCCCAGUCAGGUAGUCGCAGGCAGAGGGCCUAUUCUGUUGGUUUGGGCAGACGGCGCACGAGCAGAGACAGCGAGGAGAUGGAGGACACCUGGGACUCUACAGAUCUAGGGGGCAGUGCGUACUCUGCCACGGCCCCAGCAAUAACAGGCGCCUCAUGCACUCGUUCACAGCGGUCUAUCGAGAGCAAGUCAAUGGAGAGCUUCUUUGGCAACAGAUUUCCACUUGGCAGACUCAGGUCCUCUAUUUCAUCAGGAAAGCAGGUUCCUCUCAAGUCCCACUGUUUGUCUGCAGAGACUGAGAAACAACCUGAAACUGAAGCCCCAGACUACCUGCCCCUGGUGCGUCUGCAGCUGGCAUCAGGGGCCUUCCUUCUGACGGAGAUCUACUCUGACUGUGUCCAGAUCCCUCUGGACCGCCUGAAAAGGGCUUCACCUUACAGCCUCCACCGCCGCAGCCUCAGCCCACCCUUUCGCUGCACGUCUCCCAGUGCUCCAUCUUUAUCCACCUCCACCAAGCCCCCAGGUGCACCCACUAGCCACCAUGUUACCUUUUCUCCUUCCUCCUGCUCCAUUGCCAAACCAACUGCUCCUCCUUUCCACCACACUCCAGACGACACUCCCCUGAUGCUGGAGCCAAGGCUUCGCCGAAGACACCUGUCUGACCGAGACCCUGUCACCUCACCCCCUGACCUCCCCAGCUCUGAAGAGGGCUCCCUGGAGCUAUCUGUCGGCCCCUUUCAGAGCCAGAGCCAAGGCCAGGCGGACAGUGGUCGUGGAUCAGAGACAGAUGUGUGUGAAGGGUCCUCAUCAGAGCCAGCUGACCUCCAGGGGAGCAGCCUGUUGGCUCAGGAGGACCUGGAGGGCUCGAGCUGGGCCACAGCUGUGGCUCUAGCCUGGUUCGAGCACCGCUGCGCCGGCUACUUCAUGGAGUGGGAGCUGGUGGCGGCAAAAGCAGAUUUCUGGCUGCGCUGUCAGGAGCUACCCGAGGGAGUGGACCUAGCAGGGCUGAAGGGAGCCGCCAGACAGCUGUUCCUGCUGCUGCGCCACUGGGAUGAGAACAUCAAGCUCAACAUGCUGUGUUAUAACCCCAAUAAUAUGUGAGAAGAUGAUCUCAGAGAAAACUGAGCCAGAUCUACUGAUUAAUCAAUCAGAGUGACUCCAGAGAAGCUACGCCUUUAAAUGGAAGAGUAAAUCCUGUAUUUUAUUUGCAGGAUCAACUAAUGACCAUAACCUAGAGCCAAGUUCAUUCUAAUAUUACAGGGAUAGUUCAGAUUUUUCAGUGGGGUUACAUGGAGUAUUUAUUCAUAGACAGUGUAUUACAUAUAGCAUCAGGGGUGGCCAAACCUUUUUGAUUGUGGGCCAUAAACAGAAGAAUUUAAAGAGUCAAAAGCCAAAUAGCAAAGACAUAAUUUUCCACCAGUUAUACUGCAAAAAAUAAACCUGUUUCUAGACCAGAAAAGCCUACUGGCCAUCGAAAAUUCUUUUUUUUUUUUAUCAAACUUACGAUGCAUUAUUACUAUACAGUUUAACUUUUGACAUGACAGCUGUUUACUGGUGUGCCUACAAAUUACAAAGAAGUAUUUCUCCAUCGUUUUUCAGGUCCCCUGCCAUGUUUACUGAGGUAAAUGUUUUUUAUCGACUAGCAAUCAAUCAUUGAAGGUCAACAUCUAAUGUUUAAAAUAGGAGGUGCAAUCACAGGGCUUGCUAAUAGUAGUUGCUCAAGACAACAGCGACAUUGUGUUAAAACCAGGCUGUGCUAUGUACAUCAGUGAAAUUUAUUAGAAAUAUUCUCAAGCCAUAUUAUGGUUUAUUUUUAAUAAUUUCAAGCAGCCCAUUUAAAAACAGGCAGUGGGCCCACAAGCUGUGGUUUUGCCAUCCUCCAGUAAAUGCAUGUACUUUGCUCUCUUCAAAGCCACUGGACUCCAUUGACAAAAACUACCACUGCCUCAAUCAGUGGGUUACUUUGUGUUUUAGUGCAACUUUGAAAGAGGUUACUUCAGAUUCACCAAAAAGUCACACAAUAACACAAACUAACUGAUGGAGGCAGCGGUAGACUAACAGCUCCUGUGUCCAGCAAAAUCAAAUCAUUGUUUUUCUAAAUGGAGUCUGGCUUUGACAGCUUAAUUUCACCACAAAUUCACUGUUGGACAGCAAAAUAAAGCAAGAAAAAUAUUAUAAAUAUAUCGUAUACUUGGUCCUCCAAACUGGGGGCAUGCCGACCGCUAUCUACUGUAGGUAAUACACUGAUAAAUACCUCAUACAACCCCACUUCAAAAGGUCCGAACUACUCCUUAAAGUUUCACAUUAACCAUUUUAAUGAUGUAAGACUUUAUACUUACAAAUACCCUUAAAUGACUUGGACCAAGUGGCCUUUAAUCAUAAAUCUAUAUAACGCUUUAUGCAAUCACAAGAAUGCCUUGACCGUCUGAAUGGGCUUUUUGUAGUCUAUAUGCAGUCGGUUACUUUGCCAAAUGUAUAAUCACAGUCAGUCAGUGUUGAAUGGGAAUGAUUUUGAUGAUCAGGGUGACUAUUUGAUAAAUUGAUGAAAUCUUACAUUAAAUGAAAUUAUUGUUGGAAAAUAAAAAAAACAAAACAAAAAAAAAACAGUAUGCAAUUUAGCCAUUUGUUGUAAUGUGAUCCAUAAACAUAUGUAAGACGAGGAUUAAGUGGCAUCUGUUUAAUAUAAAAUGUCACACUUUUGCUGUCUGAGUCUACUCCAUUUUUUUCACAUUAUAUCUACUCAUGUGCUCAUGAGUGUAGUGAGCCACUCACAACAGAAGAUGAAUCAAUUUCAUAAUAAGUCAGACAAAUAGCCACGAUUGUCUACAGCUUGGUUUUAGAGAAUUUUGAAAAAUGAUGCAACUACUGAAAAUUAUUUUUGGCCUUGUAGGGGAGAAUACGGCAGAUAUCGUGGCAAGUGGAAAUGACUGUAUGCAAUUAAUUUAAAGCUUUUGAUGCAACAUUCAAGUAUCAUAUUAAUGACGUUCUGAAAUAUACUCCCU